CACCCUCCACCACCACCACCCACGCACCCUUCUUAUCUCCAUAUCAUCCCGCCCAGCCCGCGCCUGCCUCUCCCUCCCCACAGACUCCACAGCGCCCGCGCCAGAAGCCAAAACCCUCCCCCGCCCCCUGCAGGCUGCAACCGCAAUGUCGGCGGCCGGGACGCUCUCCGGCGGCGCCGCCGGUCUAUCCGGCCUCCUCCGCCUCCGCCGCCGGGCCGCCCCCGCCCCCGCGAUCGCCGCGCCGUCGCUCCACCCCGCUGGGACCAUCAAGUGCACCGCCGUGCCCGAUGCCGCCCCGAUUGUCUGGGGCCGCCAGCUCCGACCGGCGCUCCUCCUCCCCGCGGCACUGCUCCCGUCGUCGCAGCCCGCCAAGAAGCACAAUCUGCGCCCGGCCGCCGCAGCCGCCGAGUCCGCAGGGGAGGCCAAGGGUUUCCUGGAGAAAUACCCGGCCCUGGUCACCGGUUUUUUCUUCUUCAUGUGGUACUUCCUCAACGUCAUAUUCAACAUCCUCAACAAGAAGAUCUACAACUACUUCCCCUAUCCAUACUUUGUGUCCUUGAUCCAUCUAGUAGUGGGUGUCGCAUACUGCCUCGUCGGCUGGAGUGUCGGUCUCCCCAAGCGAGCGCCUAUCAAUGCCAAUCUCCUGAAGCUGCUCUUUCCAGUGGCAUUGUGCCAUGGUAUUGGUCACGUCACUAGCAAUGUGUCCUUCGCUGCUGUUGCAGUCUCAUUUGCCCACACUAUCAAAGCUCUGGAGCCCUUCUUCAGCGCAGCUGCUACUCAGUUUAUCCUUGGGCAGCAAGUUCCCCUCUCUCUGUGGAUGUCUCUUGCCCCUGUUGUCAUUGGUGUUUCAAUGGCAUCCCUUACUGAGCUUUCGUUCAACUGGACUGGCUUCAUCAAUGCCAUGAUAUCAAACAUCUCAUUCACUUACAGGAGCAUUUAUUCCAAGAAAGCUAUGACUGACAUGGAUAGCACCAACGUGUAUGCUUACAUCUCAAUAAUUGCUCUCAUUGUUUGCAUUCCACCUGCAAUAAUUUUUGAAGGGCCCCAGCUAAUGUCGCAUGGAUUUAGUGAUGCCAUUGCAAAAGUAGGUUUGACAAAGUUUGUUAGUGACCUAGUCUUGGUUGGACUGUUCUACCAUCUGUAUAACCAGAUUGCUACAAACACCUUGGAGCGAGUGGCUCCUCUGACACAUGCUGUCGGCAAUGUGUUGAAACGUGUUUUUGUCAUUGGUUUCUCAAUCGUUGUUUUUGGCAACAAAAUUUCCACACAAACUGGAAUUGGCACGUCCAUUGCCAUAGCGGGUGUUGCUUUGUACUCUUACAUUAAGGCUAAGAUUGAAGAGGAGAAAAGGAAAAAGAGCGCAUGAUGAGGUGACUGCUGUGAAUAUUAUCGGGUGGCUGAGUUAUACCUCCUCGGACACAACAUCGUCGACAAUCUCGACCUACUUCUAUGCCUUGUUUUGUUUUCAUCUUGAGUCAGUUGGUCCAUUGUUUGUUCCCAAUCUGGUGAUUAACUCUGCAAAUUCUGUUUGUGGAAUUGGCAGUGAUACAAAUUUCGGUUCUUAAGUAAAACUGGUUGCUGGUACUGGUAGACAGUGGUAUUCGCCUGUAACUUAAUGGAUGCUUGGAAUACCGGGUGUACCGUAAUACAAAGGGCACAGGACUCUGCCUGACUAAAUAAAACGGUGAACUUUCACCCUGCUUCGCCGUAA